GUUCAGGAAUAAAUAGUCCAUGUAAAACUAUUUUGGUACAAGUUAAUCCAAUUUUAUGUAAUCUCAUUUACAAAUCAUCGGAAAGAAUCAAAAGCAGUUGUAUGAGUAUUUAUACAAAACACAAUAUGAGAGAGAUGUGUCGUAUUUAAAUUCGUUUCGAAUAGCGCAAUGCUUUCAUAUAUAAUAUGUGUGUAGGUACCGACAGUAACAAGUGAGUUGAUAGCAGAGGCAAAGUUAGUGGGGAAAUGUAUUAUGGAUGACAAGAUGUGAAAACUGUAAAAUUAUAUUAUUGUAUCCUAUUAAUUCUCAAACCAAACUCAAUAAAUUAAAACAACAAUUGCACAAAUGUAUAGAUAUAUAUAAAUAUACGUCGCCGCCGAUAUAACUACUGAUUUUGUAAAAUAAAUUUUUACGAAUAUUCGCCACUGGUACAUCACUAGGAAGUAAACAACCCUCACUUAUGAGUAAAGUUGCAAGCAACAUUAGCCUAAAAAGAGAUGAAGCAACGUUAACAAACCUUUAACGUGUUUCCAUCAGUUGAUGCAAAAUAUAAAAUAGUAGUUGAUAGCAAUAAUCGUGUAUUUAUCAAAUAUAUUGCGAAUAUAUAUAUUUAUACAUAAAAAUAUUGCUCACGAUAAUUAACCUCAACGUAUUGGUAACAUGGAAAAUUACGCUUUAUGCCACGCUCAUACCAAAUAUGGCCUAUGGCCUAGUUACCAGUCCAUGUCGAGUAUGGGAUUUUGUAGCCAGUUAUUUGUUUCAGAGACAUGAACGUGAUGGUGGAUGAAACCGUAACCGAUCAGCGGUUACUGAACCACCCUUCGGCAGCGAGGAGUCAGCAAUCCUCUAGCAAAUAAUUAUCCCCCACGGGAUUCGAGCCUGCGAACUGACAGAUGGUCAUCAGGGGUGCGAUGGCAAGUGCAUUCCUAACGUUUAGCAUGAUGCGCCAACCGCCAAGCCAAAAGACCUCAAAUGAAUAGACACGAAAGUUCAAAUGACAAACAGUAGCGACGUACACUGAAAUCCGUUACUUGGUCUUUCCAACCAAUUCCUACUUGCAAAUCGAGUCCGUAGCAACUCACAUAGUAGGUAGCAAUAAGAGAGCAGGUGAGCACCGGCUUUGCUGGCCAGACCAGCCUGGCAUAACGUCACAUGGUGGCGUAAUAUUCGUAAAAUCUUGAGAGAAAUAGCGAGCCAUAGCGAGUAUUGAUAAAUGUAAUAGCCUUCUAGCGCUCCAAUUACUGAAAAUUAAAAAACGGUUGAUUCAUUCAUUUCCGAGGAAACGAUUAUUUCAAUAAUACCAAACGUCACCUGAACAGAAACAACAGUUUAGCAAAACAAGCCAUAUGUACACUUCUGCUCCAAAAAACCAUCCAGAUUUACUUUCCGUGGUAAAUAAUCCUGCUUCAAAUAACGUACAAGCAAAGAAAGCAGAAUAAUAAUUUCACACCGAUUUCAAUUUUUACUACCUAAAGAUGGAAGAAUUCGUUAGAAGUUACUUCUUGACCCUUGUGUCAAUUUAUCAGAUUACUGCUUUUAGUUUAAAAUACAAACAAACUGACGCAAGUUUAAUUCAGCAUGAAUGUGUACUCAAAAUGAAAUUUUUAAAGCACAUUUACAUCAGUAAGUUUGAAAUAUCUAUUUUCAAAUUGUGUAAUAAUAUAAAAUGACAUUUUGAUUCAUCUCAUUGCGGUAACCACGACAUUUCUCACAAGGCCUACGGGUGUAAAUUUCGUACUUCACUGACAGUCAUCGCGUCGUAAGUAUUUCAAAGGGCAGGAUAUUUAUUUUUAUAACGACUGAUGAAGUACUUCGAAAACGAAAGUUUAUUAGGGUAAAAAAUAAGAGCGUACUUGUGAAUAUGACUUCUAGAAACUUUUGCAAAACUGGCAAUUUUCUUAUAUUAAUUCUGAGGUCUUAACAUAAGCGACUGAAAUUCUAUGUACCUAGUUUCAGUCAUAGUACAUGUGAAUACCCCUUAGAAGAUUUAGUCGUACGUGAAUGAUUGAAGCUUUGCGAUAAAAUCUGGAUCGUGGAACGCGAUUGCGAGGUUCACGACCCGCAAAACGUUGUAUAUAUAAUGAUUGCUGAUCAUUUGAUAAAUAUGGUUCGUGUAAAUCGUACAUCAGCAAUACAAAGAAGUUACGCCACAUUUCUGCAUAAGUUACGCGAUCUUGUGCGGGAUAUAAUGAGAAUAUCCUAUUGUCUUCGACGAAUAACCGUUUUGUAACGCCGUUUGCCAUGUGUAUGUGACAAAUUACCGCGGUAUAAAAAAAAACGAAAAAAGGCAGAUAGAAUGAGUCUCAAAUGUUGUGACAACUUUUGUGAUAUUUAUUUGAUAAGUAUUCCCGCAUGUGUUCAGCGAAUCAUGGCGCUAGAUUUGUUCGUUUUCAUACAGUUUGUUAUUUCAGUAUCAGCAGGUAUAUAUACAUGUAUAUAAACAUAUGGCAUUGCGAAAGCUCCAAAGAUCAUUCGACGAUUCAUUAUUGAGGCUUACGUUUUACUUGCAAGGUCCAUUAUUUUAAUUAAAAUAUAUAAUUUAUUUUUAAAUUUUAUUUUUUGUAACUUACUGUUAAAAAUUUAAAUGAAAAUCUCUAUUUCAUGCAAUAUUCCAAUCUAACCAUUUGUAUUUGUUCAGAAUAUAUAUAUUCACAAAAACUAUGAAGUCUUUUUGUUUGGUAGUAGGUGGAUUUUUAUUAUUGCAAAACUCUUUAACCAAUGGAGCCGAGCUUUCUGCGUUGGAUCAAAAUGUAUUCAAAAGUUUGAAGAAACAAGCGUUACGAACAUUGAGUGGUAAUUUCACAACGAAAGCCAUUCUUAUGGAAUAUCUACUACACAAAAACAUGAUUGAAGAAGUUUCGGCGCAAUUUGGAUCAUUCGAUAUACUUCCGGGAAGAAUGUUGACACAACUACCAAAGACCAAGGGCACAUUGUCGGGAGAUUUUAACGUAGAGAUUAAAAUAAAUUGGAAAAAAUCCGGUGUGAACUUGUAUGCGGAUGGAAAAUACGAGGCAAGAAUAGAAGAUGUCAAUUUGGAAAUAGACAUCAGACUGCCAAAUGCAAAAAAUAAAUCAAUGGGUUUAAAUGGUUGCGUGGCAACCGUUUCCAAACUCGAUCUUGAUCUGAAAACCGACAACGAAGACAAACAGAAAGGGCUGCUGAAGAAUUUGAAAGAUUGGCUCAAGUCAGCAAUGAUGCCAGGUUUCUCCAUUUUGUUCUGCGACACGAUGCAAAAGUUUCUCGUCAACGGAACGAAUACUGCAGUUGUACAAGCACUUCAAAAUCGAAUAUGCAUGUUGAGGCCAGAAACCUGCUGACAGCCUCAAUAAACACGAAUGGUUUAGACUCCACACAGUUUUAUAUACAUUAUCCAAUCACAACAAACAAUGACUCGAAUGGAAUCUUACUGUGUUGUCGCUUUUGUGAAUGCCCGAAAGAAAAUAUCGUGGUUCGCUAUAAUUUAUGCCCAGUCAUCGAUGUGUAAUUGUCAUUAUCAGAUGUCGAAGAUUACUAAACACUAAAAAUAAAUAUAGUUCAAGUGCGUAACGAAGUUGCAUUUUUGAAAACAUUUUUAAAUAUCAUUGAUUGAAAACUGCCACUACUCAUCGUGAUGAGCCGAGUGUGGGCUUAAUUCUGGAUUGGGAUGCAUAUAUUUAAUAAUUUUAUAAAAACUUAGAUAAUUAUAGCUCAUCAUUAGUUUAUCAGUAAAUAUUGCAUGUCGCCCCGGGUUAUUUUAUCAAGUAUAUGAUGAGGUGGAAUCAAACUAUUUUAAUAUAAAAUCGACAAUGUGAAUUUAAUCACUGUAAGAUAUUUAGAGCUACGAUCGCUUUUAUUUUUUAAACAGCCCUGACAUUAGACCUAUUUUUUUCGAUUAUGCCAACAGUAUAAAACUUGAAUUCGAGUUGUGCAUGAUGAAAGCUUUAUUGAUUAUGUAAUUAUUAUACUCUGCAAUUAUUAUAUAUACUAUAAAUCUAACAUUGGGUCAAUUUUUUCUGUAAUAGUGCCCGUUGGAGGG